UCUGUCUAUGUCUCUGUUGUUCCCUUUUCUGUUUUGCAAUCCUCCUUCUCUUGUCUUGGAGACUUUACUCUCCAGUCUGGAGAUGGUGGGAACGAGUACGUGCGUGUCCACCUGCAGGGCAGCACAUUAAUACCAGACAGGACAGGAGAGCCUGGGGAAUCUUGAAACAGAGAAGUGAACUGCUCACACUCUCAUUACCUGCAGGAUAACGGACAUCUCUGACUUUCUAACACUCACCUACAACAGUGUAGCUUUCUUUGAGCUCAGUCUUAAACAACAGCUCUGCAUUUUUUCAUAGGAUCUGCUUGUCAAGUUUAUUAAUUGGUAUAUCACUAUAUAAUCGUGUCUAUAGUCUAGAACAGAGACCUUUCUUAAGAAUCCCUCACUGCAGGCUGUUCUGGCCUCACAGCUGCGCAGAAAGGAUGAAGCUCAUAACAGAAGUGGCAUGAACUGUUUAAGGUGAGCUCAAGAGGACCGUUUUUGUUCUUGCCAACGUCGAAGAUUCUGAUGAACGACAGCGAGAUGGCAGAAACGGGAGAAAUGAGAGACUUAGUGAAGAGAAGGAGACUGGUCUACAACAUCCAGCGGGAGGUCAUGGAUGAACUCAGAGUUGAUGAGGUGGCCGACAAAUCUGCUGCUAAAACAUCACUGUCAGACAAUAUCAAAGAGUCAGUGAGGUGCUCUGGUCCUCGUGUGAAGAGUUGCUUUCUGUCAUGUGUUCCUCUGCUGUCAUGGAUGCCGCGUUACCCAUUCAGAGAAAACAUUUUUGCAGAUUUGGUAUCAGGAAUCAGUGUGGGCAUCAUGCACCUGCCACAAGGUAUGGCAUAUGCGCUGCUAGCUGCUGUGCCUCCUGUGUUUGGUCUCUAUUCCUCUUUCUACCCAGUCCUCAUCUAUUUCAUUUUUGGAUCUUCUAAUCACAUCUCAGUGGGUACAUAUUCGGUCAUGAGUGUGAUGAUUGGAGGUGUGACAGAGCGCCUGGCUCCGGAUUCGGACUUUAUGAUCUUGAACAAUGACACCAUUGACACCAUCAAUGAAACCAUCAAUGACACCAUCAAUGACACCUUCAAUGACACCAUCCUAGACACUGCAAUCCGAGACAUAGAGAGAGUGAAGAUUGCAGCAGCUGUCACUUUCCUCUCUGGCAUUUUUCAGUUGCUCUUAGGCCUGGUGCAGUUUGGGUUUGUUGUGACAUAUCUGUCUGAGCCACUGGUCAGAGGCUACACUACCGCUGCAUCCAUUCAUGUCAUUGUUUCCCAGUUAAAAUACAUAUUUGGUAUCAAUCCCCACCGCUACAGUGGACCGCUGUCUCUCAUAUACACCAUGUUGGAAGUAUGUUCCUUGCUAGAUCAGACAAACAUUGGUACCCUCGUUGUGAGCAUUGUAACUAUUGUAGGCCUAAUCCUUGCUAAGGAAGUAAAUUCCUUCCUGGUGCAAAAACUUCCUGUUCCUAUUCCUGUUGAGCUUCUUGCUAUUAUUAUCGCUACUUUAGUGUCAUGGCAGGUUGAUUUAAAGACUGUAUAUGGUGUACAGACUGUGGGUGAGAUCCCAUCAGGUUUGCAGGCUCCAGUGAUGCCUGAAUUCUCUAUUAUGAGAUCCAUUAUUGGAGAUGCUUUUGCCAUGGCUGUUGUAGGAUAUGGAAUCGACAUAUCUCUUGGACGAAUCUUUGCUCUCAAAUAUGGCUACAAAGUUGAUAGCAACCAGGAACUUGUAGCACUGGGACUGAGCAACAUGAUUGGUGGGUUUUUCCAGUGCUUUGCCAUCAGUUGCUCCAUGUCUCGCUCUAUGGUGCAAAUUAGCACAGGGGGAAAGAGUCAGGUGGCAGGUGCUGUAUCAGCAAUGGUGAUUCUUUUCAUCUUGCUAAAGAUUGGAGAACUCUUUCAAGAUCUGCCAAAGGCGGUGUUGGCUGGUAUUAUCUAUGUGAACCUGCAUGGCAUGAUGAAACAAUUUGGAGACAUACCAGCUCUCUGGAGGAAGAACAAAGUGGACAUGCUGGUGUGGCUGAUGACACUGAUUCUCACUAUACUGUUGAACCCGGAUCUGGGGCUGGCUGCCUCCAUCGCCUUCUCCAUGUUCACUGUCAUAUUCAGGACACAGCUGCCCAAAUAUUCUCUACUUGGUCAGGUUCCUGGAACUGAUAUCUACAGACCAAUAGAGGACUACAAUCAGGUCAUACAGAUUCCUGGUGUGCUGAUUUUCCGUUCCUCAGCUACUCUGUACUUUGCCAAUGCUGAGUUGUACACAGAGCACUUAUAUGACAAGACUGGGGUAGAUGUGCCUAAACUCCUCUCACACAAGAAGAAACUGGAGGCAAAGAGACAGAGGAAAGAUAAGAAGGAGGCACAGAAAGCCAAAAAAGAAGCAAAGAAAAGAGCAAAAAAGAUGGGGAAGAUGGCAGAAUUCUCAGAUGUGGAGGAGAAAGAUGAGGUCGCAGUGGUGGCAGUCCCAGAACUUGACCCCACCCCUGACCCCAACCCUGACCCCAACCCUGACCCCACACUACCCAAGGUCAUCAUCCUGGACUUGAGUCCUGUUAACUUCCUGGAUACGGUGGGAGUGAAGACACUGCAAAAUAUUCACAGGGAUUAUGGCGAUGCUGGAGUUGAUGUACUCUUGUCAGGGUGUCAGACAUGUGUUAUUGAAAUUUUGGAAAAGGGAGAUUUCUUCAGUGACAAACUCACUAAAAUGAUUCUCUUCUCCUCUGUGCAUGAUGCUGUUUUACACUGCCAAGCAAAAUAUUCAAGCAAGUCCACAAACGGAACCCACUUCUAAAUCCAAAUCCAUCUUGCAUUUAUAACAAUCAUAUUUCCUAAACAUUGCACAAGCAGACAGGCCCCGUCUGAAAUGGGUCUCUGAAUGUCACACACUGCAAUGUCAUCAUUACAGACUCUGCUUACACCUUCCGCAGCUAACACAGUCCGGGAUUAUAAUUUUUGGCACCUCUGUCACAUUAAAGCCUUCGAAUUAUAAUAAAAGUUUGUCACAGGAACCACGUGAGGCUAUGCGUAGGUAGCCUGUUGUGCUUGUGAGCUUUUUUGUUUGUUUGCUAGAUUUUUUUGUUGUUGGAAUGGACUUUAUUGUCCUCGGAUAAGAAAUUCAAAAUAAUAAAUUGUAUUAGGUGAUUAUUGUGCUAAAAAAAUUGUUGUUGUUAUUGCAUUAAAUAGAAUGUAAAAUUAAAAUUCAAUGUGACAUCAAAGUUAAUCAUAAUUAGUUGCAUUAUCUGAUUCUAGUGAAAAGGUUUUCUGUCAUGAAAUUGGAAUUUAUGUAAUCCUGACUUAAUUCUGAAUAAAGAGAAUAAAGCCAA